AUGCAGGGAAUCAUCAAUAGCAGCUGGCCAAAGGGGAUCCAAAACAUCCGCGACUACGCCGGGUCGCGCGAGCUCGCGUUGUACGGUUCCCCUUGGAAAGAAAGUUACAAGGGAAAUGAUGACUCUCGACAGCUUGUACUCAAGAUUUUCGAGGCCCUAUAUGAUAUCGGGUGGGUGCUACAUGCGGCCGCAGAUUUGAGUAAAACACAGACCGCCAGAGACCUCACCGAAGCCCUAUUGCAAUCAUUUGGGUAUAAAGUGAGCAAGCAUGGAGUAACACGGGAGCACCUCGAGAUCAAGCUUUUUGGCUACCCUUGGGAACCGAGUGGCGAAGGCACUGUCCACAUGCCGUUGAUGAUCCUGGAAAUGCUAGAAACGCUUGAGAGAUUUGGCUACUCAAUGUAUGCGAGCGUCAAGGAUCAGAUCAGUAGCGAGGGACACGAUGCGGAUAUUUUGGUGAUGCAGCGACAUAAGAAUUGGGCUCCAGGCAUGCCAAUAUUCCAUAGAUGA